GGAGGCUCUCAGUCAUAAAUCCGCUUAGUAGUCUACCUACACUCCUCCCUCACUCACCAUUCUACCGUUCUUUUUUUCCAUCAUGGCUCCCUCUGUAGACAGGCUAGGAUAUUGGGGGCGGCCAACCUCGACGCUGGAUUGGUGUGAGGAGAAUUAUGUUGUCUCUUUUUACAUCGCAGAAUUCUGGAACACUGUCAGUAACCUGAUUAUGAUCCUGCCUCCUAUCUACGCUGCCACCCAGACGUAUAAAGAUGGGCUAGAGUUCCGCUAUGUCUACUCUUUUCUUGGACUGUCAGCUGUUGGCAUUGGUUCCUGGUGUUUCCAUAUGACGCUGCAAUAUGAGAUGCAGUUGCUGGACGAGCUGCCAAUGAUCUACAGCACCUGUGUCUUUGUCUACUGUCUAUAUGAAUGCUUCAAGCAAGAAAAUGCUCUGGGUGUUUUUCCUAUCACAUUGUUAUUGAUCUUCAGUGUGUUGGUCAGUGUGGUUUAUCUACAAUGGAAAGAGCCAGUCUUUCACCAAGUCAUGUAUGGUGCACUUGUAGCCUGUUUGGUGAUGCGCUCUAUCUUCAUUGUGACAUGGGUGUACCCCUGGCUUCAACGUAUGUGUUUAAAGUGUCCAUACAUCUCAUCUGAUACUGUGUGUUUUAACUACAGGGUGUACCCCUGGCUUCAACGUAUGUGUUUCCUCUCUCUGAGUAUCUUCCUGCUGGGGUUCCUAUUGUGGAACAUUGAUAAUCUGGCAUGUGACUCACUCAGAGCCACCAGACAGCGACUUCCUCCAGUUGUUGGGGCUGUGACACAAUUCCAUGCCUGGUGGCAUAUACUCACAGGCCUGGGCUCCUAUUUACACAUACUCUUCAGCCUCCAAAUAAGGUCAAUCUACCUCAAACGCAGACCAAAAGUAACAUUUCUUUGUGGAGUGUGGCCCAUGUUGCGUAUGGAGGCUCAGAAAACUAGCUGAGUUGUUGGGGACGGAGGGUGACUGCCAUACAACAGGCACGGGAGCCGUCCUUGCUGUCGAUGGGACACAUACACACCACUAGAGGGCAGCCAGGCACCAUACCAAUCCAGGGACCUUUUGGAGUUUGCCAAUUACAGGAUUAAGUGUGUUGUUGUGGAAUGGCAUUUUUUUUCACUUUUGGUAAUCAAAAGUUUUAUUUUUAUUUUUCUUAUAUUUUUUUGUGCUGAUGUUUUAAUGCCAUGUCUUUUAUUUUCUAAAAAUGUUUGUGCAAUUUACAUAUGUAAAUGAAAUUAAAUCAAUGCAGAUAUAAUAAGUAGGUAUACUGCCCUAACAUGAAUAUAUCCUUGAAUGUAUCCAAUUCUUCCUUGAAAGAAUUGUUAUUUUAGUGCAUAAAUCAUCAUUGUGCAUCUAUUAUUAAGUUCAAUGAUAUAAUAAGUAUUUUCACAAACCAUAAAAACAUCAGGUGGUUGGCUUGAGCUGGCUGUAUAGUAUCUGUCAUUGGUGGUGACAGAUACUAUAAAACGUUGAAUAUAAUAUGGGAUGAACCCUAUCCAUAUGCUGUAAUCUCCUCUGAGGGCAUCCACUCUAGAUGAAAGUGUGCUGGUCACAGAUAAGACUAAAACAGAGACAGCAGAAAAGGGCAUAAUAGGUAUUUUAUUUUGACUAUUUAUUUUCUCUGCAAGGGCCACAUCUGUUUUAUGUAUAGCCAAGUCUGGAUUUGCAUUAGGCCUCUAUUUGCUAAAUUCGAAGCUGCAGUGAAAUUUUACCAUGUUGACAUUUUAUUUCUGAUUUACUUUAAUGUUAAUAACAAAUCCAAGCAAGAUGAUGUUAUCUUUGUUCCACUGCAAAUACAUCUUUUAACAUUAUCAUAGUAUAAAUGUCAAGGCUACAGUAUAACUACUUUAAUUUGUACUAUCUACCAAAAGUUUUUUAUUUGCCAACACAAAUGGUAAUGAUGGAAGUUUAUCUGAAA